AUGAAGUCAGGUACCAUCUUCCUUCUCCUGGGGCUCCUGGCCCUGGGGAAUGCCACAUGGAAGACGGAGAAAAGUGGUGAGUGGUUUGCCCUUUUCCUCUGGCCCAGGGCAGCCGAGGUGGAUGUGGGGGAAAGAGCCAUGUGCAGUCAUGGUGCUAUGCAAGCCCUGCCUGCCAUGGCACCAGGGGAUCUAGAGCCCAGCAGCAGCUCGGCCUUCGAUGGCUGGCUAAUGAAGAGCUCCAUGGCCAUAGUCCUGCGUGGCACUGACGUGGGCUCAGAGGAGGAACAGCCAUAUGCUGCCCCCACAGCUAAGGACGGUGAGUGUCCUGCCGAAAUGAAGGGGCCCGCACGACCCCCCCAGGCCUACUGUCUCUCGGAUGAGUCCUGCCCAGGGAGCGAGAAGUGCUGCAGCGAAGGGGACAGGAGAGUCUGCGUCCUCCCGGAUUCAGUGCACCCUGGGUAUUGCCCCAAGCCAGAUGCAGGCCUGAUCACCAUCUGUCUUGUGAGCUGCUCUGAUGACACGCAGUGCUCCAUGGAUGAGAAGUGCUGCACCAUUGGCUGCCACAGAAAAUGCACCAAGGCUGAGCCAGCUUCCCCGGGCAUUUGUCCCAAGAGGAAAGUGCUGCAACCAUUUGCUCCUUGCAACAACAAGUGUGCUAGCGACAGGAGCUGCCCUGGCGAACAGAAAUGCUGCUUUACUGGCUGUGGCCUUGACUGUGUCCCUCCACAAGCAGGUGCCCUCAGCACCGCCCUGCCGCCCACCCAGUCCGGAGAGGGCUGGGACUGGACCAAACAGACUCAAGAGGGAAGCAGUGCUACAGGGAAGCCUUGGACACCAAGGAAACGUGGAACCUGCCCACCCAACCUCUUCAGGUGUCUCUACACAGAGCCCCCUCUGUGCCUCAAUGACACCGACUGCCGGGAGCGGCAGAAGUGCUGCUAUAACAUGUGUCAGUUCCGCUGCAUGGACCCGGAGGAAGAGAAACCCGGCAUCUGCCCAGCUGAGGCCCCAGCAGGCGUCCUCGAUCCCUGUUUCUUCCGCUGCUCUGUGGACAAGGACUGCCUGGGAAGCGAGAAAUGCUGCAUCCUGAGCUGUGGGGCUGCCUGCCUGGAGCCAAGGCAGGACGUUUGCCAGCUGCCCGCCCAAGCGGGUCUCUGUGACGUCUACUCCUUCCGCUACUUCUACAACGCCAGCGCCCGCAGGUGUGAGCCGUUCUCCUUCCGCGGCUGCAGGGGAAACGCCAACAACUUUAAGACAAAAGCCGAGUGUGUCCAGGCCUGCGCAGGCCACGAGAAGCCCGGCGAGUGCCCGGCCGUAGAGCAGGGACCGGCUGGCGCCUGUGAGGAGAGAUGCCGCCGAGACGACGACUGCCCAGGUUCCCAGAAGUGCUGCGGGAACGGCUGCGGCUCCGAGUGCAGCUCAGUGACCCCAGAAGUGAGGCCUGGAGUCUGCCCGGCAUUACCAAGAGGAGCCGUCGGUGCCUGUGAUGAGAGAUGCCGUUCCGACAGCGACUGCCCGGGCGCCCAGAAGUGCUGCAGCAACGGCUGUGGCCUGGCCUGCAUGGCUGUGGCUCUCAUCCCGGAGGUGAAACCCGGCGUCUGCUCAGCCCAAGCGCCAGCGGACAGCCUCAGCCCAUGCUUCUUUCGAUGUACCAAAGAUGAUGAUUGCCCGGGCCAGGAGAAAUGCUGCCGUCUCAGCUGUGGCACUGCCUGCCUGGAACCGAAGCACGGUAAGAAACAGCCAUUACCACGCCAGGCCCGUGAGUACUGGUGA